AAAUCACUGCACCAGCGACUGUGCGCGAGCUUAUAGAGGGAAGGCAACUGGUUUAGCUGUGUUAUGAAAGUGCGAAAGGGAGGGCCUUUGGUUAAGUGUAGUUGAAACGAAAGGAAACUGGAAAGCGACUUCGUUUCCUACUGAUUAACCAGGAAGUAUGUGGACCUUGUAAACCAUGGUCGAACUUUUUCGGACCGAAAGAUAUCAGUGUCAGCUCUGAGGCUGAUUAGGCCCGAGUCUUUCCUCCUGCCGGGACCUUUGGAGUCUAGUCGACGGGCAAACUAUUUCCGUGUAGCUUAGAAGUGGACUCACGCUUCCGACAUUACGUAUCGACACCAGAAGAUUUUAGGUGAGAGAUUGAGAGAAAGCACGGCUUAGGACAAUUUAGAAUUCCAUUUGUACAAGUCCAGACCUGUGCAAGAAUGCAGCAUGAACAGAGACAGAGAAGGGGUGUACAAGGCAGACGCUUGUAAAGAAAACCUGCAUUUGGAGGGUCCCAUGGUUUGGUUGUGGUGUGCUCUCUGCCAUGCCUCCCGCCAUGACAGAUCAGCUGGAUGUGUGGGCGGACCCAGUCCUGGAUGGAAGCGAUCAGGUGACUGUGGAUUUCCUGUUGCCUACUGGAAUCUACAUUCAGAUGGAUGUUCCCAGAGAGAGCACCAUCCAACAAAUCAAGCAGAUGCUAUGGAAGCAGGCACAGGUGUAUCCUCUUUUCUCCCUGCUUGGGGAGAUGGAUGGUCACAUAUUCGAGUGUGUGAACCAAGCUGCAGUUCAUGAGGAGCUGGAGGAUGAGAGCAGACGUUUAUGUGAUGUUCGUCCAUUUUUGCCUGUCCUCCGGCUCAUUACGCGUAACUGUGGCCGCGCUGAACGCUUGCUUGACUCCAAGAUUGGGGUCCUUAUUGGAAAAGGGCUCCAUGAACUGGAUGCUUUGAAGAACCAGGAAGUGAAAGAUUUUCGUAGCAAAAUGCAACGAAUUAGUGAAGAGAAAAUGCAGUCAGUACAGAUGAUGUCGUGGGCAGAAUGGCUUCAGAGCUUCUUCUCUCCCCAGAUAGAGGUGGGCCCAGUUGAUGGGUUCUGUGAUAGGAAUGAGGGCUGGAUUAAGAUCACCAUGCACUACAACCAGUCACAGGACACAACAAGCCUAAAAGUGCCGUUGAUGUGUACUGUACCUGAGCUUAUGAAUCAAGCUCUCAGAAAAUGGCUAACUACACAUGGCUUGGGAGAAGAUGAAGACUCUGUUGGUAACUACGUCCUAAGGGUCAGUGACAGGCUGGAGUUUUUGUUUGGAGAACACCCACUUAUGUAUUACAGAUAUAUCAGAUCAUGCUUGCUGUCACAAGAGAUUCCACAUUUGACAUUAGUGCAUUUUGAUCUGGUGAAGUCCUUGUAUGAACAUGAGAUAAGCAGUAUUGGAGCUGUACUGUCAAGGAAGUCAUCAAAUCCUCCUUUACCCCUUCCCCCUAAGAGGAGAGGCCCAUCUCAGUCACAUACUUGCAUUUGGGAGGUUCAGCCUGUUUUUAAAAUAACUUUAGUAAAGGGCAUUAAGGUCAAUGCAGAAGAGACUGCAAAGGUACAAGUUCGUGCAGGCCUAUUCCAUGGUACAGAGCUCUUGUGCAAGCCAGCUGUUAGUAGUGAGAGCAGUGGUCGUUCUGAGCACAUCUGGAACCGGACUCUUGAGUUUGAUAUUGCUGUUUGUGACCUGCCACGCAUGGCUCGCCUCUGUUUUGCCAUUUAUGCCGUCAUGGACAAAGUAAAAAAGCAGAAAUCAACCAAGAACAUGCAAAUGCACAAAUAUCAGACUAUUCGAAAAGCUGGAAAAGUGCAUUAUCCAAUAGCAUGGGUGAACAUGAUGGUGUUUGACUACAGAGGACAACUAAAAACUGGCGAUAUCAUCUUACAUACCUGGUCCUCCUUUCCUGAUGAGCUGGAGGAGAUGUUGAACCCUAUCGGAACGACUCAGACAAAUCCAUACACUGAGAAUGCCACAGCACUGCAUAUCCACUUACCAGAAUACUCAACACACCCACUCACAUUUCCCCAAUUUGACAAGAUCUUGGAGAAAGCUGCUGAUAUUGUUGGAUCCUCUGACUCUAUGUCAAUGGGACGAGGAGGGAAGAAGUUUUACAUCGAGUUGAAAGAGAUCAUGGAAAGGGAUCCACUGUCACAACUAUGUGAAAACGAGAAGGAUCUGAUAUGGACUCUGCGCUACGAUUGCCGAGAGAACUUCCCACAGUCCCUCCCUAAACUAUUACUGUCUGUCAAAUGGGGUAAACAUGAAGACAUGGCACAGUUGCAGGCAUUAUUGCAGAUUUGGCCUAAAAUAAGUCCUCGGGAUGCUUUAGAGCUACUGGAUUUCAACUAUCCGGAUCAGUAUGUUAGAGAGUAUGCAGUCAGUUGUCUGCAAGAUAUGAGUGAUGAAGAGCUGUUGCAGUAUUUGCUGCAGUUAGUGCAGGUGUUGCGCUACGAACCAUACUAUGACUGUGCCCUCACACAGUUUUUGCUGCAGCGUGCUCAGAGCAAUCGUAAAAUCGGACAUUUCCUCUUCUGGUAUCUUAGGUCAGAGAUACACAUGCCAGCUGUAUCUGUGCAGUUUGCCCUGAUAUUGGAGGCAUAUUGUAGAGGCAGCAUCCCCCACAUUGAAGUGCUUAAAAAACAGGUCGAGGCUCUUGGUAAGCUAAAAGCUGUGAAUGAGUUGAUCAAACUGGGUACACUAAAAGCAAAGAAUAAAACUAAGGAGGCUCAGCUGAAGGAGGCCAUGAUGAAGUGCCUUAGACAAACAGGCUUCAUCGAGAUCCUGUCAGACCUCCACUCACCACUGAACCCCCAAAUAUUGCUUGCUGAUGUCAAUGUGGAGAAGUGCAGGUACAUGGACUCUAAAAUGAAGCCUCUAUGGGUUGUUUACCAUAACAAGCUGCUGGUAGGAGACACGCUGGGAAUCAUCUUCAAGAAUGGAGAUGAUCUCAGACAGGACAUGUUGACUCUGCAGAUCCUAAGGUUAAUGGAUAUGCUGUGGAAGGAAGCAAAUCUGGAUCUCAGAAUCGUGCCUUAUGGUUGCCUGGCAACAGGAGAUCGCACAGGGCUGAUUGAGGUUGUGUCCUCUGCUGAUACCAUCGCUAACAUCCAAAAGAAUAGCAGCAACAUGGCAGCUGCUGCAGCCUUCAACAAAGAUGCUCUGCUCAGCUGGCUCAAGGACAAAAACCCUGGUGAUGCUCUGGAGAAAGCCAUCGAGGAGUUCACACUGUCUUGUGCUGGUUACUGCGUCGCCACCUAUGUUCUGGGCAUCGGAGAUCGGCAUAGUGACAACAUUAUGGUCCGAAGCACUGGGCAGCUCUUUCAUAUAGACUUUGGUCAUAUCUUGGGGAACUUCAAAUCAAAGUUUGGAAUCAAGAGAGAACGUGUUCCAUUCAUUCUCACACAUGACUUCAUUCAUGUCAUUCAGCAGGGCAAAACUGGGAACACUGAGAAAUUUGGCAGUUUUAGGCAGUACUGUGAGGAUGCUUAUCUGAUUCUGAGGAAGAAUGGAAAUCUGUUCAUCACACUCUUUGCCCUGAUGCUGACUUCUGGUUUACCAGAACUCACCUCUGUCAAGGACAUUCAGUACUUAAAGGACUCUCUUGCACUGGGUAAGACUGAUGAAGAGGCGCUGAAACAGUUCCGGCAGAAGUUUGAUGAAGCUCUUCGAGAGAGCUGGACCACCAAAGUAAACUGGAUGGCUCACAACGUGGCACAUCCCUCCUAACAGUCUUAAACCAACAAGGAACUAAAUUUAGGAGAAUGCUUGAACACAUAGUUGAACCAAAAUGCACUAUGUCUUAUAAAAAAAAAAAAGUUGUGAAGACCAUUAAAUGGUUAAAUGCGACUUACUCAAUGCAGUUAGCACAAAAAGCUGCUGAUGUUCAAUAUUUUUAUGACUUUGAACAAGAAACAUGAAUUCACAAAAAGAAGGUGGAUGAUUAACAAAGGGAACAAAGGAGAAGACAAACAAACGGUCAACUCACCCCAACCUGGGAAAAAAAGCAAUCUUCCACAUUUCAAAAUACUGUUCCAAAGUGAAGCACACUGACCGGAACAAUGUGAAGAAUGGACAGCAGUUUUGCUUUGGAGCGUUUUUUUAAAUUGUCAUUCCACCAUCUUGCAGCCAAAAUAACUUUUUAAUCUGCAAACGCAGUGACAAUUUCCUUGGAGCACAGACUAGAAAAAAGGAAAUGGCACAUGGAGGAAAACCGAACUUGUUGGACCUGGAAACAACACAGAAAUAACACUGAAUGCUUGUCAGGUGACCAUGAGUGAAAUUGUUAUUGAAGAAAAAAUAUAAAUUAUUCUUAUUUGUCAUUCCAAUUUAAAGCUAAAGUUUGGAAUAUAACUGAUUAUAAGAAUACGCCUUUAUUGGCCACCAGUUGUUGUUGUUUAUAGCUUUUUGUUGUUUUUUUUUGGACCUCAAUUUCAUUAUGUUCACCUGUAUAUAAAAAUCAGAAGCAUAGCCCACUUACUGUUUCUCUGACAAAACCAUGCGCUAUUAACAAUAUUGUGACCGCCAUUACUUAAUUGAAACGAGCAAAUAUCGGAAGAUGGGUUCACUUGAAUAGUCUAAUUCAUGUUGUUCAUACUGCCAAUAGGAUGAUUUUUAAAGCAUGUGUUGCUACUUACUAUUUUUAAAUUACCCAAUAUGUUAAUGAGAUCAGAAUGCUGGAGCAAGAAACAAAUAAUAGUAUUUUAGUUCAGAUAGAUAUUUCAGGGAUUGUACCUUCGGUAGGGCUCCGCUGCCUUUAAAAGAUAUAUAUAUAUACACAUUGGAGCACAGGCUCACCGAAUGCCAAAUGGGAUUUACUGUGCCUUAUACAAUGGAAAAAUUCUACUGUUAGUAUGAGACUACUUUAAAGAAAGAGGUUUCUAAACACUGGAAUUUAUUUGACCACAGUUAUUUAAGAAUUGUUACAUGUUUAUAUUUAUUUUCUUCUUUUCUGAAAGGUUUAGACUACUUCUAAUAGACUGUAUCUGAGACUACUGAGUUUACUCACAGAAACAUUCAGCAAGCAAAUACUUUGUAAUGCUAUGUCAGAGCCAAGAAAUAAUCAAUUCCCUCUAUUCCGUGUAGUGGAGCUCAAUAGAUUCAUUCAGUUCAUGUUUAAAUACUAUAUCAGAAAUGUAACGAUGCACUAACACAGUGAUGUCAUAAGUUUAAUGUGAUUUUAGGUGCAGUUGACUACAAUCAUGGUUAUAUGAAAAUUCCUAUUAAGCUUAAAGACCAUUUCAGUGAGCAUUUGUGCCCAUAGAACAUUUCAUUUGUUUUUGUUUUGUUUGUUUUUUUUAAUACAAAAUGAUAUUUACACUGAAGGACAGUGGUUUUCGAGGAUGAUUAUGCAUCUGUCUCAAGGACACUUUCAUGCGAACUGCACAAAAACUGAAACGAAGCAUUUUGUUUGUCUGUAGCAAAGACAUUUUUUUAAAAAGUGAAAACAGCCUUAACGACAGAUAUCUAUACCAUACCAGUGGAUGUUUUAUAUUGUUGAUAACCUGCUGUGUAUCUCCAAUGCUGCUCAAAUUAUCCCAUACACACAUAAUUCACCAUCCACUUUAUUCAUUAUGCAUUAUAUGUCAUGCAGUUAUCUAAUCAGCACAAUGCAAAGACAGAUGCAGGUCAAGAGCUUCAGUUAAGAUUCACAUCGAAGAUUACAAUGAGGGAAAAAAAAAAGUCUGAUACUGUUGCAGGAACAUUAGCUUGCUGUUGUAGCCCGUCCACCUCCAGAUGUUUUGUACAUGCUAAGAUGCACACUAUAGUUGUAAUGAGUGAUUGUAUUAGUUACUAUAUCCUUCCUGGCAGCUCGAUCCAAUCUGGCCUGCUUCCUCUGACAUCUUUUGUAUUCACCCAGAGAACCCAAUGUUUUACUUUGUUUUUCACACAGCGGUUUAUGAAAUACGAGUUUGUGAAAGUAGCCCAUCUGUUACCCACAUCCUCACCAAAAGUCACAUCAAUAUCCCAGAGAUCACACUUUUUUUUUUAUUUUCAUUUUUAUAACUGAAGCUACUGACCUGUAUUUGCAUGAUUGUAUGUAUUAGUAAGUAUGCGUACAAGCUGCCAGAUGACUGACUGAUUAGAUAACUAAUUUAGCAGGUGCACAGGUGUUCCUUAUAAAGUGGACAGCGAGUAAAUAUAUACAAACUGCCUUAGAGAAUAUUGGUGCAAUAUGAUGUAUCCUAUGAUGUGCAAAUUUGGGUUAAUGUGUCUGCACUACUGCUGCUGUAUGGUAUGCUAGCCUUCGAUUUUCUCACACACUGAAACUGUUUCUCUCUGAUUCUCUGACUUGUUCUUACUGAUAUCUUGUCAUAGGAAUGCUAUUAAAGUUUUGGCAUUCGUUUUUUUUUGUUCACCAUUUUAC